UGCGGCUUGUGCUAUCGAUCGAGCGAUCGUGAUCAAGACCAGUUGCUCGUCUUCAUCCGCUUUCAGUCGGGGUAGGAUGAAGGAUGAAGCUGACCGCAGAACGGACACAGCUAAUAUUGUUAGCUUCGGUAGCAAUCACUACAUUUUCGACGAAGCUGCCGUGACUGCAUAAAAGCUCUCAGUCUGGCCACUCUAUGGCGGUCAGUUAAUUACCGACUCUCGGGUGUGAUCCGGUUAAGAUUAAGACCUAAGCAGUUGUUGGGUGGUAAAAAUCCGACGAGGAGCUCACCGGUGGCAGAGCUAUUUCUUUGAGAGAUUUGACGCAGCGACGACCAAGAGCUCGUUCAGGUCGAACAAGGACGAAUUGCGACAUGCAGUCGGAGUCAAAUUAGCAUCCACACAGUCAGCCGUCAGCUGUCUAUUUCAGGGUCGACGAGUAAUUAGAGCGAUCGCAGGAAGCACCGAUCCCGUCUCGAUGCGAUCAAUCGCGAUGAGUCCACUUUUGCUGGACAACUGGCAGCGUCCGGUCGCAUCGGCGCGACUCGUUCUCCGAGCAAUUCCGAGUCGUCUAUUCGUAUAUUCGGUGUACUCUUGUGCGACAUGCAACGUUACGCUCUCGCGGGCCUCGUCUGCCUCUUUCUCAUCCUGACGACGCAAAUAAAGGGCUCUCUGAGUCUUCGCUGCCGGACCGGCAAUGCCCAGAGCGACGACCAGUUCCAGCGAGUGAUGCAGGACUGCCGACGUCGCACUUCCGGCUUUUACGGCUCGUCUUACGACUCGGAUUCCCGCACGGGCGACUACGCAACCGAUUCUCAAGAGAGCUCCGACGAUUCCGACGAGGACCCUUUCGACAAUAAAUUUCUCUCCUACGGCAGCGGCAACAGGAACAACGCCAAUAAUGCCUACUACGGAAACCGCAACAACGGCUACGGCAACUCCAUGAACAACAGAUUCAACAGCUCGAGGAACAACAUGGCUAGAGGACGCAAUAGCUGGCCCAGACAAUCGAAUCGCUACGACUCGAGCAAUUACGAUCAGAGCUACGGUAAUCAUCGACGAAUGAAUGGUCGAUUUGGCAACGCUGGCAUGGCCAUGGAUCCUCGAAGUUCCAGCUACUCUGACAGCCACAAUGCACCAGCCCGAUACGGCAACGAUAUGACAAAUUAUCAGACCAGCAGACGCAAUGGAGCCGCCAACUAUCGAGAUUCUUCCGGCAAUAUGCAAGGCAACAGCGGACUCGACAGAAAUACCGAUCAGAGCUGCGUCGUCCAGUGCUUUUUCAAUGAGCUCAAUUUGGUGGAUCAACGCGGCUUUCCCGAGAGGUCCCUCGUAAUUAACAUGAUGACGCAGAACGUGCAGGAUCCCGAGCUGAGAGACUUCAUCGAGGAGUCCAUUGUCGAGUGCUACCAUUACAUUGUUAAUAAUGGUCGCCAAGACAAGUGUCGAUUUUCCCAAAACCUUCUCACUUGCCUCGCUGAGAAGGGACGUGAAAUGUGCGAGGACUGGGAUGAUGAGUAGUUAUGACAACUUUUGACAGCGAUUACAAAAACUGAUAGUUUCAAUUUUGACUUA